AUGGGCCAUACCACGUCCAGAGAAUCCCUACCCGAGUUUCUGCCUCCGGUCCAAACCCGCGAUGCAGAGGAACUCGAGGAGCGGUUUGAGGCACGUCUCGCAAAAUUCUACCUGAGCGACGCUCAACAAGAAUGGCUUUGCACCAUCUUCCACAUCUUUUGUACAGAGUCCAAUGGAAUUCGGUUCUGGACUGUCGAUGACCUAGUGAAAUUCAUCAUCGGAACCUUUAUCCCAGACCUAGAGCCAUGGGUGGCGGAAGCCGCACCAAUUCUACAUCGCUGUCUCCUGCGUCUUGGUUCAUUUCCAUACCACAAUGAUGCGCAAACAAUCCUCUCGCUCGAGGUGCUCCGGACUGGAAUGAUCAUCUUACUCCGACUGGAUAGUGACAAGCUUCUCGGGCGUGAUGAAGGUCGUGAUGUAGCAUCGCUUCUCUACCCCGAGGGUCUUAAUGCGGCGCAUCGAAUUUUGUUAUUCCAAAGUAUGAGAGAACAGCCAGAAGCAGCGUCAUCCGGGCAUCGAGGAAAUGAAAAUGACUUCCACCUUCAAAAAGCACUCGACCUGAUAACUUACGGGAACUUCCAACGAGACUCCCAGUUCCCUACCGCAGUGACUAGAGGCCCAGAAUAUCCUCCUGCUAACCAUUUCCCUUCAUCGAGCUCAAAUUCAACGAGCGGAGUGAUUCCUGUUGACGAAUUUCGGCCGCUCCUUCGUUUGAUGUUGAUCACACAGCUGUAUGUCGCUGGCAUUGAGCCCUACCAAUUUGUUACCUGCUCUUCUCAAGUUGAGACGGCCACGGACUGUCUUUUGGCUGCACUCAUAUCCACUAUGGAUGCCGAGCCUAGUAUACCCUGUUCUACAUUUGACAAAUGCCUGGAACAGUCAAUGCAAAACCUAUUCUUAGGGCUGCCGCGAGUGUUAGGGCCAUUGCACUCUGUCAAGCCCUUCCCUUCAGAUACUCUUCCAGUAUCGGUACCAGAGGUUCAGAAGACUUUACGGGAGCUUUUCAAGCCUUCCAUUUACACACAGCCCCCUUCUGAGGGGCUCAUCCUUAAUCUUCCUCUCCUUAGCCAGCUUUCAAUUGCAUUGCCUCCAGAUUUUCCUAUUGAGAAGCCACGAGCUCUCUAUUCCUCCAACCAAAUUGAUGUUGGUAAAGUGAAAACGAGUCUUGAGACAGAUAAUCUAGCCAGAAUUCUUUUGGUUAAGGGCAAGGCUGGGGAAGAAUCUCUCGCUUUUGGUGUAUACCUUCCCAAACAUCCGGCGCCAGACUCUCUACCAACUUCCUGCGUCAUGGUGCAACUUUCACCACUUCAUAGAGCAUUCCAUGAUGCUGCUGAGGACACGAAAGUGCAAUUUCAAGAUAGUCUGCAGAUACAGAUAUCACUUGCGCAUGCCUAUUUGAGCCUGGAUGGGAGUUCAUCAACGGGAAAAUUCGCAGUAAAGGGCACCGACAUCCAAUUGAUGUUCCAGAUUGAUGCACUGGAGGUACUGGGCUUUGAAGGAGAUUUUGUUCGGGUCGAUACUUUUGAAUAG